CGAAUUGAACUAUUUUACUGUCAUAAACUUAUGAGAUGUUGAAACAGUUGGCGGCCUAGGUUAGGUUAGGUAACCAACCCCUCGGUGACAACGACAAUCAGAUUCAAACCAGAAGAGAGGAGAGAUGCAGCAGCGAAAUUCCGGCAAUCGGCGGCCAACGGGAACCGAUGGCUCCGAUUUCUCAUACAGAAUGGUCGUUGAUAACAGGUAUACAAAAGUUGCCAAGGGGAAAUCAACCCUCUCCAAAGUUCUUGUGAUUCAGGCGGUGGUACUGUUGGUAGGAGUUAUUGACAUGUUUUUUACAUAUUUAAAGAAGGAGCCCCUUGAAACAUUAGUAGUUGUAUCUAGUUCUAUAACUGUCAUUUCAAUCAUAGUUGGAGAAUUAGGACGAAAGCGUAGCAGAGUGAACUUUUUGAAAUUUUAUAGAUUCGCCUCAUCCAUGGGAAUUCUCGGAUUAAUCGCUUCUGUCAUCCAAAGUAAUAUCCUUCUAAAGAUUAUUCAUGAUCCGAGUAACUGGGAGACAGAGAAAGAUGCUCUAUUGAGGAUUGCAUGUGUUUCUAUAGGACUGUUUGUGCAAAUAUAUUCCAUAACCACCACAACGUCCCUCAUUAGGAACAUGUCUCCUCCAAAAAGAGCUUCUUGACGCAUUGAAAUUGUCAGUAGCACUCAUCAUGAAACAUUUUUCUUAUUGCCUCAGUUUCGUUCUUUAUGUUUUCUGUAUUUUAAUCCAUGAUGAACAAAUUUUAGAAUCUUGAAAUAUGGUUUAGAAUCUUUUUGAUAUAUGACUUGCCUGAAGUCGCACUCAUAAUACUUUUUAUAAAGCA